AUGAUUCAAACUCAAAAUGUCUCUACUCGCCGGAUUAUGACUUUUCCGGCGAUUCAUCCAUGUGAGGAGAUUCGUCCCUCUACACUCCUCAACUCGUUAAUUUCUCUUGCUCGUCAAAUAUGUAAUUACCGAUCCAAUUUUUUCGCUUCCAACAAGCGAAAUGCCCACGAAUCAAUUCGCCAAAUUGGGGUGAUUCUCACUUUUCUUGAAGAAAUUCGAGAAUGGGAUUCGGAUCUUCCGGGUUCCGUCGUUCUGGGUUUCUCGGAGCUCCAUUUGGUUUUCCAGAAAGUUCGGUUCUUGUUAGAGGAUUGUAACAGAGAAGGUUCUCGGGUAUGGAUGUUAAUGAAUUCGGAGCGGGUAGCUAACCAAUUCCGGUUCUUUUCCCGGGCGAUCGCGACGGCUCUUGAUGUUCUUCCGAUUACCGUGAUCGACGUACCGGUCGAUAUUAAAGACCAUGUUGAUUUGGUAACGAGGCAAGCGCGGAAAACGAGGUUCGAACCCGAAUCCGACGAUAAACGGGUCGGGUCAGCUGUUCGAUCCGUUCUGAGCGGGUUCGAACGUGGGGUUGUCCCUGAUAUGGGCGAUCUCAAAUGGGUACUUGUUAAUCUUGGAAUCAGAAACUGGAGCUCGUGUAAUAAGGAAGCGAUGUUCUUGGAUUCGGAGAUUGAGCUCGAGAGCUCAAACGACGAAAAGGAAGAGUUGGGUUUGCUAAGCAGUCUAAUGGGUUUCGUUUGCUAUUGUCGUUGCGUGGUUUUUGGUGUCGUUGAUUGUGAUCCCAAUAGAAAACAAUCAAACGGAAAUUGUAGAAGUCAAGUGCUGAAUGGUAUUAAUUCAGAUGAUCUUCGGUGUCCAAUAUCGUUGGAGAUGAUGAUUGAUCCUGUAACGGUAGCUUCUGGUCAAACGUAUGAUCGUUCUUCAAUUACCAAAUGGUUCAGAGCUGGAAAUUCAACUUGUCCCAAAACAGGUGAAAAGCUCAAGAACAUGGAAAUGGUACCUAACUCUGCUCUUAAGGGUUUGAUUAAGCUUUAUUGUUCUGAAAAGGGCAUUUCUUUUGUUGAUUCAUGUCAUAGAAAUCGUCACGUUAAGAAGGCGGUUUCGGCUGAUAGUUUGGCUUUUGAAAAGGCCAUGAAUAUGGUUGCAGAUUUUGUAUCUGUUACACUUGUAGUUGGAACAGGAAUAGAACAAAACAAGGCUGCUUAUGAAGCAAGGCUUCUAUCCAAAACAAGCGUUUUUAAUAGGUCUUGUUUGGUAGAAGCCGGUGUGAUCCCGCCACUGUUGAAUCUUUUACUUUCAACAGAUUCAUUGUCUCAAGAGAAUUCUUCUGCUGCCCUUUUGAACCUUUCCAAGAAUUCCAAAGGAAGAGCCACAAUAGUCCAAGAAGGAGGUCUUGAAAUACUCAUAAGUGUUCUUAAGAAGGGAGUUAGCUCAGAAGCAAGACAAUAUGCAGCUGGGACAAUCUUUUAUCUUGCUUCAGUUGAAGAGUACAGAGUUUUGAUUGGGAAUCUUACUGAAGCAAUUCCAGCUUUAACCGAGCUCAUAAGAAAUGGAGCAAGUAGAGGCAAGAAAAACGCCUUAGUUGCCAUAUAUGGGCUCCUUGCACACCCUGGAAAUCAUAAGGGUGUGUUGGAAGCUGGGACAGUUCAUGUCCUUGCUAAUCUUUUGAAAUCUUCUGAUACAGAAGAUGAUCUUGUGACAGAUUCACUUGCAAUUCUAGCAACUCUUGCUGAAAAAUCAGAUGGGACAGCUGCUGUUUUGCACCAUGGUGGUUUGAAUUCGAUCAUCGAGAUUUUAAGCUCCAUUAGUUCUAGGACAGGGAAGGAGUACUGCGUGUCUUUGCUGCUAGCUCUUUGUAGAAAUGGAGGAAAAGAAGUGGUUGCUCUAUUAGCCAAUAGUCCAUCUCUAAUGGGAUCUUUGUAUUCUCUGCUGAGUGAAGGUACAUCUCGAGCUAGCAAGAAAGCCGGUGCUCUCAUCAGGGUCCUCCAUGAAUUUUAUGAAAGAAGGUCUUCUGGUUUGAUGGCUUCUCCUGCUCUUUCACAAGAACGAUCUGUUCACGUUUGGUAACCCAAAUUUUAUAGGGUAAAACCUUUCGUGUUGUGUAGAUAUAUAAUCAAGUCAUGAGUAUAUUAGCUCGGUUUUUGUAAGAGUUAAUAGCUAAAGUGUAUCAGCUUCUGGUUUUAUUGAUGAAGCUUUUGUAUAAAUCUAUGUACACACUAUUACACCAUAUUGUAAUUCUUUUCUAUUUGAAUAAGCAAAUAUGAACAAUAUUCUUUGAUAAA